UCGGCUCGUUCUCUAUGACUCUAUGAGCACAGGAAGGAAUGGUUCCGCUUCUCUUCAGACCAUAUUCCUCGCUCCUUCCUUUCAUCACUUCCCACUUUGACUGAAAUAUCCCCUUUACGAAAACCUGUUCUUGCAUCAGGAACGUCUUCAUCCAUGAAUAAACAGCAGCCCCAGUCCGUUCAUGGCACUGAGCAGCAUCGGCAAUAUGGAGCUUUUCAGAACGAGAUAUAUCGAAAGGGCAUGUUCGAGCAACAGCUCCCAAUCGUCACCACCAACCCGAACAAUCUGGAGGAUCAAGCAAAGAGCAUACUGAAGCCGACGGCAUUCAAUUAUGUAGCUGGAGGAGCGGGUGAGAGGGCAACCAUGGAUGCAAAUCGACUGGCAUUUCGGCAAUGGAAGAUGGUUCCCAGAAUGCUGCGGCCAACGACACAUCGGGAUCUCUGUGUGACCUUGUUCGGCGAGAAAUACGACAGCCCCGUCCUAAUGGCACCCGUUGGGGUGCAGCAAAUCUUCCACGAGGACAAGGAAACAGGCCUCUCAGAAGUAUGCUCAGAAAUCGGUGUCCCCUAUAUCCUCAGCACAGCAUCCAGCUCCAGCAUCGAAGAAGUGGCAAAGUCAAACGGCAACGGACCACGAUGGUUCCAACUAUACUGGCCACAAUCUGAUGAUAUCACCAUCUCCCUCCUAAAGCGGGCCCAAGCAAGCGGAUAUAAAGUCCUAGUCGUAACACUAGACACCUGGGCCCUAGCCUGGCGACCCGCCGAUCUAGAUGGCGGCUACGUCCCCUUCGCGAAAGGUAUUGGUAACGCAACGGGCUUCACAGACCCCGUAUUCCGCCAAAAAUUUCGGGAGAAAUUCAAUACCACGCCAGAAGAGAGGGUGCUUCAAGCCUCCAACGAGUGGGUCGGCAAUAUCUUUUCCGGCGCGGCGCAUUCUUGGGAGCAGAUUGCACUGUUGAAGAAGAAUUGGGAGGGGCCGAUUGUGCUGAAAGGGAUACAGCAUCCUGAGGAUGCGAAGUUGGCUGUUGAGGCUGGUGUUGAUGGCAUUAUAUGUAGUAAUCAUGGGGGAAGACAAUUAGAUGGGGCGGUGGGGAGCCUGGAGAUGCUUCCUGAGAUCGUGGAUGCGGUCGGUGAUAAAUUGACUGUGCUAUUUGACAGUGGGAUCCGGACUGGAGUUGACAUUAUCAAAGCACUGUCUCUUGGAGCCAAAGCAGUGUUGAUUGGAAGACCGGCCAUUUACGGGUUGGCAAUUGGCGGAAAGCAAGGAGCAAAGCAGGUCUUGCAGGGUAUCUUAGCUGACCUUGAUCAAUCGAUGGGACUUGCUGGGAUUGCAAAUAUUGCUGACUGUAAUCGAUCCAUGAUUCGGAGGGUGCAAUAUGGAGGGGAUACGAAAUCGUCGAACUAGACGGAGAGGAGAGCUCUAUACAGAAACUAAAUGCCAUGUCAAUUGACCACAAAUCUCACAACCGAGACCAAAGCCACAAUGCCCCCU